AUGAACCAAACACAAUCCUACAUCGAUGUCCACUCAUCGCACCUGUCGUCCGCUCAGCCGUAUGCGCCUCAUGCCGCAACUGCGGGAGGGUUAGCGCAUUACCAGUACCAGCAGCCACCCGUUCUGCAGCCAGCAUCAACCACCUAUGGCCCGGCAAGCUCGUACUCUCAGUAUGCUUACCCUGGUGGAGUGACCUCCUCCCAGGGAGGUCCGCAACCCCCGACCACCUCCAUGAGCAGUGGCGUCCCGACCCAAUUGUUGCCUUUACCAGGUACGUGCUACUCUAAAUGUCAUGGUCAGCUGAACUUUCAAGCUAACUGCAUUUCUGUAGCUGUGACAACACAUGGUGCUGUCCCGACAGCGGGUUAUGGAAACACGACCGGGACCCCCUUGCAAGGGUAUGUCUAUGAUCCCACUGGCCAGGUAGCCCCUCCAGGAGCGAAACCGCGCGUUACUGCCACCUUGUGGGAAGACGAAGGCAGCCUCUGCUACCAGGUGGAAGCCAAGGGCGUCUGCGUGGCAAGAAGAGAAGACAAUCAUAUGAUUAACGGCACAAAGCUCCUGAACGUCGCAGGAAUGACGAGAGGUCGCCGUGAUGGUAUUCUGAAGAGUGAGAAGGUCCGACACGUCGUCAAGAUUGGGCCCAUGCAUCUGAAGGGCGUCUGGAUCCCCUUCGAGCGUGCCCUCGAAUUCGCCAACAAGGAGAAAAUUACAGAUCUCCUGUAUCCCCUAUUCGUUCACAACAUUGGUGGCCUCUUGUAUCACCCGACGAAUCAGAGUCGGACGAACAUGGUGGUGCAAGAAUCGCAACAGCGGCGAUUGGAGGGCCCUCAGGCUGCGCGAGCAUCUCAAGGGCCUCAGCCCUCGACUUUGCACCAUCACCACUCCCUGCAGGGCACAGUUCCAUCGCACAUGCCGCAACCCCACACCAUGGCUUCUCAGGCCGGUGCUCGGCCGGCACUCGAUCGAGCACACACAUUUCCCACGCCUCCUGCUAGUGCCUCGAGCCUCAUGCCCAUCACCAAUCCCAGCAACUCCUAUGACUGGAACAACCAAGGGAUGAACUCGGGCGUGCCGAACUCCCAGCCGCUCUCCAUUGAUACGGCUCUGAGCAACGCUCGGUCAAUGCCGACGACACCUGCCACCACACCCCCGGGCAGCAACAUGCAGGGAAUGCAGCCAUUCCAAGGCCAAUCCGGGUACGAGUCGAAGCCAUAUUACUCUGCUGCCCCGCCUUCUCAUCCCCAUUAUGCUUCCCAGCAACCUAUGACUCAGACUGGUAUGGCGUCCUAUGGACAAACGAUCCCGUCUCACCCUUACAUCAAGAGUGAGAUGGGACCCCCGUCAAGCCGGACACCUGGCGGCCAGCCGGAGACGGAUGCACCUGAGGUGAAGCAAGAGCGCUAUGCCCACAGUAAUGGACAUGUUGGAAGCAAUGGAGCUGAGCAAGUUCCGGAGCAUGAGUCGGAGUAUGUGCAGCAUGACAAUUCUGGAUAUAACACCAACCGGGGAUCCUACACAUACACCACCAACACUUCGGUGGGUAGUCUGGCGGGUGACCACUCCCAACUUACCCCGGAGAUCACGGGUUCUCCUACCCAACAAAACGGGUCUGAACGCAUGACACCCCGUACGAGUGGUGGGCCCCCUCCCCCUUGGGGCUCCGGAUACAACACCCCUCCGCGCCCCGCCGCUGCUAGCAGCCUAUACAACAUCGUGAGCGACACCAGAGGGACAUCGGGCAAUGGCGCGACCUCUGACAAUUACUCCGUGGCUUCAAACUCUGCUCCUGGAUACUCGACAGGCAUGAACGGAUCUUUAGGCUCCACUAAGCGGAUGCGGGAAGACGAUGACGUGGAUCGCAUUCCUCGACCGGACAGCCGAGGAACGGAGUAUGAUAGCAAGCGCCGUAAGACGCUGAGCGAGGUCGGCGGUCCCGUUGGAGGUGUGCCCCUUGGGCUCCAGCCCAUGAAGGCUGGCGGUGUUAUGGCCCGUCGUCGGUAA